UGGAGGCUGAGCAGGGAGGAAGGAGGCGAGCCCCUUUCUCUUUGCGCGUCAGCAUCCCUUCAAAUUGCUGCUGUCACUUUCCAGCUGCAGACACGGACGACUGUGAAGCAAAAAAAAAUAUUCUAAACAAAUGUUGCUAUUUUAACCUAGCGGCUCCUUUUUCCCCCUGACGACAAGCAUGUUUAACGAAGGGGGGCUGGAGCCUGGCCAGGAAGAAUAGCCUAGCGAUGUUCAAGGCAUCUUGUCCCAGGAGUUGACAUCCUCAAAGCUGGCUUCGAGACACAGAAAUGCUCCUUUAAGACACCAGCAGGUCGAAUGACAAGAAAAUGGAUGGAUGGAUUGAAGAUGCAAGUAAAGUGCGUUUGUUCAGCAACUCUGGUGUCGGCCAUUGUUUGAAACUCAUCACACAACGCAGAGAGGAAAUUACCACCGGUUACAUUUGGUGCCGUGACCCGGAUGAGAGUGAGGUUUAAGGGGGUGCCUCGCAGGCUUGUUUCUAAUUCAGGAGGACCCAGGUACGAGUCCCGGGCAGAAUGGAAGCAGUGGCUGGACCAGACUGUACUGUUUUCCUGAGCUGAGGGUUUUGGUGUGGCAGAGUUUGAGCUCGAGUGGAAGUGAGUGGGCGUGAGAGGAAGCGUGUGUCAUGGCUGACAGCGAAGGGACAAACCUCGAGGACCCUCCCUACAAAAACCUGCUGCUCCUGGGGGCCAUCGCAGCAGCGUCGGCCUUUGUGGUCACCAUCCUCAUCGUGCUCGUCUGCGUGGGCUGUCAAAGAAAAAGCAAGAGCAAGCAUCCCUCGGCUGGAGAGAAAGGGACAUCUGUAAAUAUGCAGGGUACCCUUCGACAUCCUAAACUGAACUCCAUGAGCAAAUCGGAUACCAGGCUGCAUGAGAUCAAUCGCUUUCCCUGCAAUGGAAACUUCGUUAGUAAGAGCCGCCCAGCCAGCAUGGACCUCCUGCUCCUCCACAGUCGGCGCUCCCAGACCGACGUGGGACCCUCCCAAGGGCGCCAGCUUCCACAAAUCCCCACUAGUCCUCAAGGGUCCAGCCAAGGGGCAGAAGGGGACAUUGGAGGCGAUGGGGGAGUAGUCGAGACCAGAGACCACACCUACACUGAGGUGGGCUUGAGGAAUAAUCCAACUCCGACCCACGGCCUGGACGACGGGCUGUAUGAGAGCGUCAGUGUUCGGGAAGGUGACAAAGCACCCAUUGCUCCAACGCCGCCAUCAACUAACACCCAAGCCUCCACCAGGGCUGCCCAAAGCCCGCCUGCUCAGGCCAACGGAGCCCGCAAUGGCAAUGGAAAUGGUGGCAGAGGGAAUGGCGCCAUUAUUAAUGCAACGGCUGGGCGAAGUAACGGGGGAAGUGGGGUUAACAGGUCCCCCCUGACCUCUGUCAACUCCUUGGCCAUCCAAGAACCAAACGCAGCAGACUAUGCUUCAAUACGCAAGUUCAGAAAGGUUGACAAGACAAACAGGAAGGAAAAUAACGGGGCCGACAGUCAGUCAGACAGCCAAUCCAGCGUGAGCGAUUCCCCCUCGGCAGCUCCUCCGCAACUACAUCGCUGUCAGGAGGGUCCACGCAAGACCCCGGAGCCGUUUCACCUGCCCUCCUUCCCAAAGGAGCCAGUGUUCAUGGGCAAUGGCGAGCAGUAUAUCUGGAAGCCACCGGAGGAGGACGAGAUCAUCACCUUGCACCCGCCUCCACACCACAUAGAGAACGGACAGGGUCACCCGUUGCCCCCGACUGCAAAAGAGAUCGCAGACACCUAUUCCAUCGUGUGCAAAACCCAGAAGAAAAGACCCCCCAUGGAGAACAAUGGGGCAAAGACUCUGCCACGCUCAUUCGGUGGGGACAAAGGAAAAGGUCGGGGCAGAGGAGUCCAGGCCCAGGCGCGGUCCCAGGAGGAGCCGUGCUAUCAGCCGUCGGGAGACAGGUCCUGGCCGGAGUACGCAGCGGCCGAACCUGACCCGGCGUAUGCCACCAUUGACAGCCAUCGUAAGCGUGAGCCGGCGGGCGCCAGUAACAGCGCAGCCAGUGGUGCUGCCACGCUUAAGAGGAAAAAGCAGCAGACACCAUCAGCUGCACCUCAGGGCUCGGCAUCCAACCCUCUGCCUGUCAGAGGCCUGCCUGGGGGAGAUAACUUCUACGAGACCAUCAGUGAUGUGAAAGGAGGCAACAGCUCCAGCACCACCACCAUUUUCACCUUCAAUGACGGGAUGGAGAUGUAUGUCACAGGCUUGUAGCUGGCUGAGGUCACUUCCUUUGAACCGAUGUCUUCUUCAGACGGACAAAGUGACGAUCAAAUGUGUUGACAUCAGGUACAAACAGGGUUUUAAUCCAGGUUCAGACUUACCUUCACUCGUCUGUAGUUCAGAUCCCCCCUCAGCCCUGCAAGGACAAAGAUUUUCAAGCAAACAAACACAAAUUGAACUGGAAUAUACAUCUUUAAAAAUAUUGCAUCACUGACCUUACUCAUGUUUUUGUGAGUCAUCAUUUUCCAUCAUAUCUUUAUUUUUGUAUGAACAAUGUUUCUUUGGUGUGGUGUGUCUCACAACUUAAGCACAUUUUGAAUACAACAUAUGUAUAGGAAAUGUACAUGCAUGCAUUGUGCGAGCCACAGAGAGCUGCAGUUUACAGUACGAUGCAGGCUAGAAGAUGUAAUAUAAGCAGAUGGAUGUCACAGAGAUUUUUUCGGAGCUCAGCUUAACCUAAGCAAACAUCAGAAACAGGUUCCCUAUGCACACUGACCUGUUGCCUGGCAGGGAGCGUAGAGAUGUUUUGUUCAAACAAAACUAGGCCUGCUCAAACUCAAAUGUAUAUGAAGGCCACUGUCCCCAUUUCACAAAGCACCAUCGAUGUGCCCUAAACGUACUAAGUCAUCAAUGGCCGCCCCCAGCUGUGUUUGUGUUGGUCAUCCUCAAGAUAAUCAUUAGAUCAGCUCAGAUUUGACUUUGUAUUGCUGGAGGCAUGAUGCCACAUCUUACACACACACAUGUGCACACACACACACACACACACACACACACACACACGCACACACACACACACACACACAUUCAUGCAUGCUUGGCAGAGUUUUACAAGGUAAAGUCAUCCGGUCAGAGUGUUGGGCAAGAGUGAUACGGGUGACAGAUUUCACAAUGCAAGAUUGUGUCCGCCGUGUAAGAGAGAUACCUGCUUCCUUUUAAAGUACAACAAAAGAACACAAUAUUUAAUCCCUCUUUCCUUUAUUGCAGGGAUAUUCAACUAAUUUAUUUUAGGGGACACAUUUCCAGAAAGCUAAGGACCGGGGGGCCGGACUUUUCCCUUCACUCUUAUUUUAGUUACAAGAGCACUCUGCUGUUUUUAAGGACCUUCUGCCCAAAAGCUAGUCAAAGGUCAUUUAUGACAGCAUUUUAAGAAUCUGCUGCAAAAUUUGAGUGUCUUACAAGUUUUUUUAAUUGACACACAAGUUGAAUAGCCCAAAUGAUGAAAAAGAGAUGACCUAAAAUGGAACCUUGAGGAACACCACUAGUAUAAUAACUAAAGAAGUUGAACCAAUGACUACUGACUGCAUCUGAAGUAAACAAGCUACAGCGACACCUUAGUUACAGGAAUCACAUUACGAAAACAAAGUUGCAACUUCCAAAAAGGAGAGUACUUAAAGGGGUGCCUUGAGGAACGCCUCAGUUCUGUAAAUCACAAGUUCGGACCCCAGUGUUCUAUGUUUGCUAGCAAGGUUAAACUGUCAAUGCGAGGAUCUGCCAAUGUGGUCCAAGUUCCUUUGUACAACAUGAGCUCUGUAGUCUUUUUAGGAAUUUGCUGCACAAUUGUUUGUCUCCCACUGAAUCCGAGGGCCAGUGGUGUCAUUUUCGGGCCACGAGUCGAAUUGCUAUGCUUUAAAUGCUAUUUUAUGAUCAUUGUACUGUUGCACUAGAUAUAACUGCAGGAACGUCUGUCUUUAUUAUUCCUAUUCAUGUGCUGCGUUUGUUAUUUGGUUUGCUAGCAGGCUCCAAGUCAAAAGCUUCAUUGUUCUUGAGGCAUUCGUUUGCUCGUUGGAAUAGCAACAAGAAGUUUGGAAAAAACCACCGUGGAGUGUCCUUUGGACAAUUGCACCUCGCCCUGCACUCCUCAGCUAAAUCUUUUUCAUGUAGCCUUGGGGAGCAUUAAAAUGGUGGACAAAACACAACUGUAUGCGUGUAAUAAAAGGUUCUAAGGCUAUAGGGUGAUGAAUGAUCUCACUGUGAGGGAACCAAGCAGUUGUUGAGAAGGUCAGUAGCAUACAGUGUGAGAAGGUACGUCAAAGCAAAUGCACAAAUGUAUUUACUUGCACUCUUCUUUUUUUUUCUCUCUGCUUUUGGACAAUGAAUAGCUCAUGCCACUGCCAUGAAACUAUAGUCUGUGUUGGUGCAAUUUCUCCUGCUUGAUCCAAAAAGUGCAUGCAUGAAUAUAUGGAGAUAAAACAAAUAUUGUGGUACUUUAUUGAUCUCUUGUUUGUAAGUCUUAUGUUGUACUUUUUUUGCCAUGUAAUGCACAACAGCAUUUUCCUCCCCCAAAGCAGUGACGAGGAGGAGUUGAGGGCUUGGUGUUUAUCCUAUAAGUAAUAGAUGGAAGUGGGAUGUGGAUCACUGCAAAUGGACAGACCAGGCCGACUCCGCUCCUCCUCCUGAAGUGUGCUGCUGCAACGUUAGUGAGCCAUGUGCAUUUCCAGUCAAGGGGAGGAAGCACAUUUUCACCUCUGCUCCCUCCUCCAGUUGUGUUCACUCCCCAAUAACGGACACACAGCUCACUUUUCCCUGCUGAAGAGGAGCUUUUUUAUUUUGAUGUCCACUUCUGAGGGACUAUGGGGGCGAACCAGGCCCAGUCUGUAGCAGCAACGCAACGUUGGCCUAUCUACUGUCUGAUACGGGAAAAUCACGUUGAAUCCUUUUCUCCUUUAUCCUGAAACCAAGCACUGAUGCUAAUAGUUGGACAUUGCUGCACAAAUACAGUAUGAAUAUGUAAAUGUGUAAAAUACUGCGCUGCUGUUCUGAUGUUGUCACAGUGUAAUAUAGAGUAUGCAGUAUAUUUGUCAGGGGGAAUAAUGUUUAUCACAUUUGUGGAUGAAAAAUGUUUCCUGCUUUAAUGCACUUACAUAUGUUUUUUUUGUUGUUGUUAAUUAUCUUCAGAUAUUAAUAUGGGCCAAUACUGCUGUGACAGUGGUACUUAAAGCACAGGGUUUAG